AUGACGAGUAAUUCAAUUCACCCAGAGUCUGUUGUGACAAAAUUUUAUCGAUGUGACGAAACCAAAUCUUUGGAUUCAAGUAUAUCUCAGCAAUCAAUUCGUAGCAUUCAUGAAGUUCUUUUCCAGAAAAGAAGCAGUUAUUCCUCUUCCAGAGGAAUUGCCAAUCACUGGAAAAUGAUAAUGAUUAUUUUGAUACCUGUAUUAUCUCUUAUUUCCCUCGCCACAAACAGUCUCUUAGAAGCGGCAAAAGUUAAAAGGGCCUCACUGGAGUCCAUUCAUGACGUCAAAGUUGCUCAUUUGUAUGCAAACUUGAUCCAAAUGUUACAAAGAGAAAGGGGAAUCUCCUCGAACUUUUUAAGCACUUAUGGAGAUAAGAACCCCUUGUAUGAUACGAUGAUGACAGCAAGGAAGAACACAGAUCAAGCCUUUAACAAAAUACCUCCGAAUCAUGAUGCAAUUUACAUGAAUGGGAUCCUCCACACCAUUUUAGAAGUACAUGAAAAUAUUAAUUUAUCCCGAAGGAAAAUUGAAAAUGGGUCAGAUUCUCUUGAAGAUCAUCUCAGUUUCUACACCGAGAUUAACAAUGGAUUAAUGAGCGUCAUGUUUGAUGAUAUUUACCUUUCAGAGGAGAAGAACUGUGUUUUGGACAUUGUGGCAUUUACAUCACUUGUAAGAUGGACAGAUAUCAUUGGCCUUUUGCGUGCUAGAAUAGCAUCCCAAUACGCAACAUGUGAUUUCACUUCAGAAUCAUUGCAGAAUUACAUGCUGCUGAGUGGCGAAGCAAUGGGUUAUAAAAAUAUUUUUACGCAUUACAGUCUAGAAAUUGAAACUGCAUUCUCAAUGGAAAAUCAAAGCACAGAAAAAUAUCUCGAGAAUGUCAGGAGAUUUGCUUGGUCUAAAUCAUUUCUGAACUCGUGUAAAACAAAAUCGAAGGCAGAACGCUUAUCAUUAAGUGUAACAUAUUUUCAAAACAUGACAAAAUUGAUCGAUUUCGCUUUUGAGACCCAGCAAUUGCAGUCCAAGGUCUUGACAAGAAAACUCUUUGAAAUAAGAAAAGAUGCCGAGUUCCAUUUCAACGUCUAUCUCACUGUCCUGGUCAUUAUAACCUUCGUUAGCAUCAUUUUAACAGUAUGGUAUAUACUAUGUAUCGAGAACAUGACGUUUAAGAUUGCCAAUAAUGCUAUUAUAAUCAGGGCUAAGUCACAAGAGUUGGCUGAAGAAAAAAUGGUAACAGAAAGACUCCAAUAUCAAAUGUUACCAACAAAAAUUGCCACAGCCUUAAAAGAAGCACGGACUAUCAUAUCUGAAAACUUUGAAGACGUGACCAUUUUCAUCAGCGACAUAGUGAAUUUUACAGAGCUUGGAACUAGAAGUUCAGCUAGAGAGAUAUUUGAUCUACUUAACACUUUAUACGGGUUAUUUGACAACAUGACUAAGACAUACGAGGUUCUAAAAAUAGAAACCAUGGGAGACUCUUACAUGGUAGCGAGUGGAGUACCUGAUCGAAUUGGCAAAGCGCAUGCGUCCAAAAUUUGCUCUUUUGCACUUGCCAUUCACAACGUUAUGAAAGGAUUCUAUGUUCCGAAAACAUUUAAAAGUCGUGAAUCAAUUCAAAUUCGCGUUGGAAUUCAUUCAGGUCCCUGUAUAGGCGGAGUGCUAGGCCUGAAAGUGCCCAGAUAUUGUUUGUUUGGACAAACAGUAAACACAGCAAUAACACUUAAAUCUAAAGGAAGAGGAGGAAAAAUCCAUUUAAGCGACAGUACGUACCAAUUUAUUAAAGAUUCCGGAUAUUUUACUGUUUUUGAAAGAGGGUUCGCAACAACCAAGGGAAAUGGAACUAUCAAGACUUACUGGCUGGAAUCAGCAUCAGAGAUGUGAAGGGCUGUACAUAUUAUGAAUACUGGAUCAAUUGUUAUCCUUCCUUUCUUCUUUUUUAAUUUUCAUAUAUA